AUAUUAUUUGAAAUAUAGAAGUUCUCAAAUAAUUCGCGCUAAUAUAUUCGGUUUUUUCCCGAUUAUUUUCUCUUUUUGUGCGGUGGUUUUGCGUUUCCAGUCUCAAAGAAGUUGGGAUAAAGUUCUGGAGAACCCUCAAAAAUAAGCAUCGCUUUCAAACGAUGUAGGAAUAAACUGGCUGAUGGAUCUGCAUAUUUCUCGUCCAGAGACUUCCUCGUUCCCCCCCAGAUGAGAUCUUCUCCAUAUCCGGGUGGACUGAUCAGGAGCUGACGGCGUGCGCUGCCAGAGAACCAACAGUAGGAAGAAAAGGAAUCUAUCCUGAAGACGUUCUAUCAGCUACCUCCACUACGUGCGACCCGCGGAAAAGACGUCAAAGCGGCAUCUGAAGAGUCCCUUGCAGCAGGCACCUUUGGAUUAAAGCUUCUGCCUGGCUGCCCACCACCAUCAUGACUGAGGCCCGAAGGGAAGCCCUGGCAGCUGCCCAGGUGCCCACCACCGCCUCCACGGGAGGUGCCAACGCCACUGACAUAUCUGGCACUGGAACCAGCGAGGACUUCUCCAAGCUCAAGGACAAGUUCAUGAAUGAGCUCAACAAAAUCCCAUUGCCCAACUGGGCGAUCGUUUCUAUUGCCUUUGUGGCCGUAGUCCUGGUCCUCUCCUGCUGCUUCUGCGUCUGCAAGAAGUGGAUAUUUAAGAAGAAGAACAAAAAGAAGGGCAAAGACAAGGGCAAGAAUGCCAUCAACAUGAUGGACGUGAAUGAUGGCGCAAAAACCGAGGCCUUGAAGGAUGAGGAUGACGCCGAGACAGGCCUGACCGAUACGGAGAAAGAACCAGAGCCCAAGGAGGAACAGAAACUGGGCAAAUUACAGUUCAGCCUGGAUUACAAUUUCACUGAGAAUACGCUCAUAGUGGGGAUUAUCCAGGCAGCCGACCUUCCCGCCAUGGACAUGGGCGGCACCUCAGAUCCCUACGUCAAGGUCUAUCUGCUGCCUGACAAGAAGAAGAAGUUUGAGACCAAGGUCCACCGGAAGACCCUCAACCCCACCUUCAAUGAGCAGUUCCAAUUCAAGGUGCCCUAUGUUGAGCUGGGAGGGAAGACACUGGUGAUGACUGUGUAUGACUUUGACCGCUUCUCUAAGCACGACGCAAUUGGAGAUGUGAAACUACCAAUGAACAAGAUUGACUUCAGUCAUGUGACAGAGGAAUGGCGUGAUCUCGUGAGCGCCGAGAAAGAAGAGCAAGAGAAGUUGGGAGACAUCUGCUUUUCCUUGCGAUACGUUCCCACUGCUGGCAAGCUGACUGUGGUCAUCCUGGAGGCCAAGAACUUGAAGAAGAUGGAUGUGGGAGGUUUGUCAGAUCCUUACGUGAAGAUCCACCUGAUGCAGAACGGGAAGAGGCUGAAGAAGAAGAAGACGACCAUCAAAAAGAACACCCUGAACCCUUACUACAAUGAGUCCUUCAGCUUUGAAGUGCCAUUUGAACAAAUCCAGAAAGUUCAAGUUGUUGUUACUGUUCUGGACUAUGACAAGAUUGGGAAAAACGAUGCCAUUGGCAAGGUCUUUGUCGGCCUCAACAGCUCAGGAACGGAGCUGCGCCACUGGUCGGAUAUGCUGGCCAACCCCAGGAGACCCAUUGCCCAAUGGCAUGUGCUGAAGGCAGAGGAGGAGGUGGACGCUCAGCUUUCCACCAAGAAAUAGGCAGGGCCCUUUCAGAACCUGUCCUGUAGUGUGUUUUAGCCAGUAUGUGUAAAUACCUCAGUGAUAUCUCAUCCUAUCCACAGUCAAAUCAAACCCCUCCCACUCUUCCUACCCACCCAAAGUAUUCAUUUUCUUGCCCUCUUUUCUAACUGUUAAUGGUUCUUUCAACACACCAAAAGUUGUGAUUUUUUUGUUUCUAUUUGUCAGGUUCAGAGUCCCUGCUCUGAAUUGCCAUCCAUCUCCACGCCCAAAAUGCCCCUAACCAAAUGCCCCCUUCUUUUAAGCAAUAUGAUCUGUAUAGAUAGCGCAUGACUGAAAGGAACUUAUUGUACCACAGUUGUAUAUAUCAGUAUGCAGACAAAAAUGAUUUCUAGUUUGUGUUUGUAUGUUGUUACCCGUUUCCUAAUCUGUGUAUAUCUAGAUGUUUUUAAUAAGAUGUUCUAUUUUAAAUUAUGUAAAUGCAGAUAUAGGAGAGCCAAUAUUAUAUAUUACAGGAUUUAAAGAUUAGACCUUAUUGCAUUCCAGAAGAAUUUCAAACUGCUGGUAUACUCACAUUAUAAAGGACAGUGUCUGGUUUUAUGUUUACUAAUGAACCAUUGCAGCCAUUUUUUUUUUAAUAUUCUUAUAAAUAAUAGAAACUAGGCCAUUAACUACUAUGAUUCUAUGGUUUAAUAAUGUAUAUGCUUCUGAAAAUUAUUUAGGCACGUGGUUUCUUAUUCACGUUUUUAUACUAAUUUCUCAAUCAAAGGACCUAUGCGUUUUGCUUGAAACUCAAUGUUUUGGGGGAUCUCUCAAAUCAAUGCAAACCGGUCAGCCUUCUUCUUUUCCUGGCAUUCAAGCAGGGUGUAACAUUGUGACACUGUCAUUUACUUUAAGUAAAAUAGUUCCACAUUGUAAUAUUUUCGUAAAUUGUUCUUAUUUGUUUUUCACAGACCAGUCCUCUAAAUCCCAAACGACUAUUCCCCGUUGGAACUCACCCCAUGUGAAAUAGCACCGAGCAGUAGCCACUGUGUCCUUAAGCUUGUUGAACAAUAUUUUAACUGCUUACUUUCGAUAGCCUUGUGGUUGGAAACAGAUUACGUUCAGGAUAAUGGAGUCUCAAGGUCUUCAAAGAUGGAGCAAAGAGUUUUGACUCGAAGCUUUAAGACGACAGUUUUUUUAGAUAAAUUCAGCAUCUGACUAUUUUUUAGUAAACUGCAUGAUUUUUUAAACAAUAUUUGCUAAAGGCUGGGAUGGCAGAGAGAUGUACCAACACCAUGGGGCUGUCUCUUAUGAUACAAUCCCCUUGCCUUCAAUCAGUUGAAUCUAGAUUAAAGCUGAAGUGAGAUAUUUGAUGGGUCAGUAUAUGCUUUUUAUAUUGACAGGAAUUAAAGUGAGUUUCUAAACACUGCCAUUUUCAGGGAGGUGACACAUGUAUACUUAUCCUCUCUUCAUGUACACUCCCAACUAGGUAGUGGUCGUAGCUUUGUUUAUUGGGAACAAUGUCUUUGGCUGCAUAUGGUGCCCUGAAUAGCAGUCCUUUGCUUUGUGUUGCCUUCUCACAGUGACAAUAGAUCUAGCCAUGUUAUACUGCCAAACUUACUUUCUAUGUGGCUACUGUUUUGCACUGUAUGUCUUUGAACCGACAAUAGCUUGUUAAUUUAUUUACAUCCUUCUGGACUAUGUUGACUGGCUUUAUUUCAAGAUGCUUAAUGAUACCAACUGGCUCUUGGUAUUUAAGUAAAAGAACUGUACAUGAAAGCAUCAACAAUAUUACUCUUCUAUAAGUCCAGCCAUAGUUAGUUUUCUAUUGUUGGGUCGGAGUAUGACACCAAGAGAACAAUGGGAUAUAAAAAAAAAAAGAACCGUAAAAGUUAAUGGUCUGCAUAAGUGAUAAUAUUAGUCAAUUUGUCCUUUACUACGGGUCCAACAAGAGGUGUAAGCAAGAAGUUUGAUUCCAUGAAGUCUAUGAAGUCUCUUAUCUUGGAGGAACCUCUUGCGUACAUGUAUACUCGACGCUAGCUUCAGGAGAAGUUUCUAAAUGUUUUCAAUGUUAUUGUGUAGUUGAUAGCUCUAUUAUGAAAAAGCUAUUUGUCAUUCCAUAUGCGUCUCUAAGGACUGCUUUGUGUAUCACUGUGACUACCGUGCGUGCUUAGAGGUGUAGAGUUUAUCAGUAGAUAGCGACCAGUUUGUUCUGUAGUGAUGUUGUUCUGACAUUUCCCUUCUACAUGCUGAGAGUGUGCGUGGUAUCGUCAGUCCUAAUAACUGUGGAGCGACUGGUUGGCUGAUUGACGGGGCUAUACGCAGGAGAUACGGGAGAUUUUAUUUUUACGGAGAGCAAGAAAACAGUUGGAUUCACACAGCAUUUCGUUGAGCACUGUGCAAUACUUGUAUGUUCAUCCCAUGGUGUUAUGUGGGUGGUGUUUACCCAAGGAAAAAAAAAAUCAUAUUUGAAACGGAGUCUAAUCAAGUCAGAUGUAUUCCUCUCCAAAGAGAUGGUUAGGACACAGCACAUGUAAAUUCUGUUGAGGUUGGAGUUGACAUCGUUUUAGCCCUCCUUUUCUUUUUUCUUGCACACAGAUCAGCAUUAUAAUAUUUAGGACAUAUUGGGAUUUGGGAACUACAACAACGACACUUAAACAUGUAAAUGCCGCCCCCCCCCCCCCCCCCAAAAAAAUAAAUAAAACGAAUUAUAAUGUCAAUAUUUUCAUAAAUGUUCUAAAGGUUAUUGAAAUAGUUAUAUUGAAAUGGUCAUGAUUAUUAUUAAACAAAUCAGAUGGUGUCAAACUAACAAACUUUAUCCGUAUCAGCCUGACCUACUAUAUUACAUGAAAUGAUUAUUUUAUUAAUAACUUAUGUUCACUGCCCUAUUGAAAAUGCUUUUAUAUUUUAAAUGAAACUCUGUACAGUAUGGAAUGUGUGUUUGUCAAUUACUUUUGCAGUGUGAUUAGUAGUUGGCAUUUUAGUUCUGAAACACUUUGAUUUGUGUGUGCUGAUUUAUUUAUUUGUGUACCUUAUUGGGUAGACCUUCCCCAGAUAAAUAAUACAUUCCAGAAACAUUUAAUGUACAUUUAAUCACAGUUGUCUGUCCUAAUCAGUUAAAUUUCCUCUUGAAUUAUAGAUGUUUCAUUUGAGAUUUAUUAAGCAUCCCUUAACUCAUCCUUUAAUGAAUUACAGAAAUGCUUGCUAUAAAACAAGGAUAAAAUGUACAGUAGCCCCUGUAUUUAAAAUAUAUGAUAAAUUUCAUAGGGGAGUUGGGAUUACACAAAAUAAAUUAAAAGCGUGAGACGCUUGAGGACAGACCGCAAGAGACAGCAUUGCAGGUUGCAGGAUCAGAUCAUGAUGUAUGUGAAGUACCACAAGAAAAGCCAUUACCUGCACUGCAAUACAAGACUACUCUUAUUGGUCCCCCUACCAAAGCAUGGAAGUAAAGCCCCUUUUUAUUCAAGAAAAGCCCAUACAACUCGCUAUGUGACAAACUUACAAGAUUCUCUAGAAUGACAACAGAAAUCCACACUAACCUUUCAAGACAAAGCUGUGUAAAGUAUUAGAAUCUGAUGCUGUAGAGAGAUCCUAGUUGCCUUUGUGUAUAUCAACUGCCUGCUUGAGUAUUUUGUGCGUUGACAUUUUCUCUGUAAUCUUGUAGAACUGUUUUGGGGUGUUUUUUCCUGCCAUAUGGCUCGCAACGACAGCGAGCUGACAGUUAUAUUGCUGUGCAUACCUUCAUUUUUGACGAGGUGUUUUACAGUUUUGUUUCACUUUGUGUAGUGAUUCACUCUGUGGAGUUUUCUGACUGUUGUUAUAUAACUUCAUAUACACAUGAUCAAUAAAAAAUGUUUUAUUUCCUGUUGAUACAGAA